UAUUUAUUUCAUACGGUCGACUUAAUUGGUUCAACUUAAUUGCAUGGCUGUUGUUUAUGUGUGAUUUAUGACUGUAUAUAUCUUAUAAAGUUUUAAUGAGAAGUGUACAUCGCUAGAUUUUGUUAAGCGAACACCCGAGGGUUAAGACAGUGAUUUAAUCUGGUGAAACUGUAUAUCAGAUUGAUCUUGCAUACAAAAUUGCAGCUCAAAGAGUAAAACACAUGAGAGAAGUUUGACAUGAAUUUCUGUUUAAAGUCAAUGGAGUAUACAACUUACAUUAACAAUUUCCAUAUAUGUAAAUAUUAAAUACGUUAACAUAUAGAACGAUUACAAAAUAAAGUUAUGAAAACAAGAACGCAUGCUAAUGCGUUUACAAAUAACAACUUCACAGAAACACGACCGGUUCACAGAAAACAGAGAAAAGACAACUGGACUUAAAUAUACGAUAAUUAUUCAUAUACUGACAUUCUAGGGCGCGCAAAUUUUUUAAACAGUUAUUCAUACAUUGACACUCUAGAGCGCGCAAAUUUUUAAACAGUUUAUCUAAAUUCCUGUAUCAUUCAGGUACGUUAUAUUCUUCAUGUAGUGUAUGAACGUGAGGGUCGUCAGAUGACAGAGAUAGUAAAAUGUGACUAUAGUAUAUAUGAAGUUAUUGUAACCAUAGGGCGGCAAGCGUUAUCAUGUAACACCUUAAAGCCUCAUCGAUUAGGAUUGUAAAUAAACUGAAUCAUCGCGGUUUUUGAGGCUUUAAACCAUUUAAGGAAAGUAAGAUUUAAGGUGCACUAUUUACAUUACUUUAUGGAGCGCGAAAAUUGGAAUAUAGGGGACGAAUAGAAUUGACUUUAAUAUGGUUUUCAAUUAAUUUCCUAAUUUAUAUCUGUUUGAAAUACUUGUAAAUUAUUUUGUCAAAGUGCUAUUGUGUGGAAUUUGGUGCUGCAUGCAUGUUUUGGCAUAAUGGUUGUGCUACGAGGUGACUUGAUAAAGUGUGUGGUUCUUGGUGACGAUAAUGUUGGAAAAACUAGUAUGCUCAUGUGUUACGCAACAAAUCGGUUCCCAUCACAGCACGUGCCGAACGUAUUUGACAACUAUGCAGGGUCGGUUGUAUUAUCAGGAAAACAGUAUACAUUGCAGAUGAUAGAUACAACUGAGCAGGAAGACACUGACGAAGCAAGGCGUCAGAGCUACUCCGGAGCGGAUGUGUUCAUUGUUUGUUUUUCCGUUGUGAAACCAGAAACGCUUAGAAAUGUGAAGCGUCGGUGGAUACCAGAAAUACGAGAUCUAAUGGGAGAAACACCAAUUAUUUUAAUUGGAACUCAAACAGACUUGAGAGACGACGAAACAGUUCUUAAUAAACUCAAAGCCAAAGGUGAAAAACCAAUCAGUGCGCGAGAUGCUACGGUUGUGAGUCGCCAUAUCGGGGCAGCAUGUUAUAUGGAAAGCUCUCCCGUAAUGAAGAAAAGAAUGAAACGUGUCGUGAAUGACGCAUUUGUAUCUGUGUUUUGUCGAAAAGAAGAUCAUCAAAGUUUUGGAUGUACAAUUGUCUAAUGGUGUAGAUAAGGUGGACAUAAGGGUGUCUUCACCAAGAGACAGCCAGCAAUUUUUAAAAUAUUUCAAUCAAUUUUUUCCCAGUUUACGUACACGUGUUUAUCAGUCAUGAAUAGCAUGUGACCCGUCCGAUUUUGUACUAUAUAGGCAUCAAAAAUGCGACCGAGCUUUGGUCGAACCAAAAUGUGUUGAAAAAAGUGAAUACGAUUUUUCAAUGAACAUAGAAUGAAGCAAAUUCUGGUACAUGUCAAAUUGUUUAUUAUUAUGUCUUAUAAUAAGACUAUUAAUUUGCAGUCAUUGGCUAUCCGAUGUCUGCCUUCUUACUUAUUCGUACUUGGAAGAAUGUUUAUGCUAGGAAACAGUUAUGUGCUUUAUUCCUUGGCGUAAUAUGAAAAUCCACGUUUUAAUUUAUAAACAUGAUGACAAAAGUAAUGACCAUAACGAUGUUGAUGACGAUAAUGAUGAUGAUGAUGAUGAUGAUAUUAUGUGUAGGGUUGCCAGUCAAACUACUGUUUUCUCGCAUUGAUUCGUUGCUUGUGCGAUCCUAAUGAUACAUGCAUUGGAGAAAAAUUUAUUGAAGAAUUUGGUUGAAAACUCUUUAGAACAAUUCCUGCGUUUUAAAAGUUUACCUUUCUUGGUCAUGUUAGCAUAACGAUGAAUAUUUUCCCAGACGAUGCAUUCCGAAGGAGAAGGACAUGCAUUUGUUGCACAAGCUAAGCGCAAACUGCGUGUUCAGAUAAUCUUGUGUUCAAAUGCUCCUGUUUAAUAUAAGCAGCAGAUCAUCAGUAAUAUCGUUUCAUAUGUGCACAUAUGUAAAACAUUGUAGUUCCGAGAACGCGGUUUGUUUAGUGCAUUUGGUAGCAGCUACUAUAAGUCGGUUCUAGUCAGUACCACAACUUAGUCGAACUUUGGUGCACAGUACCAAAGUUAUUAGUGCCACUUCGUGGUGUAACACUGGCGUGUAGUUUAAAAAUUAUACUCCUUAACAAAAGAAAGAUGAUAAGGUGUAAUAAGGAAGUUUAGUUCCCUUGAUUAUGGAUUGUUUUUCACAAAAGAUAAAUAAAUAGAUAGUUCGUUUUAUGUCCUUAAACUGUUUCUAUUUAUGUUUAUACGUAUGUUCAUUUUUUCUGAUGCCAGUUAUGUAGAUAUGCGAUAUUUGUCUUAUAGAACGUUACAGUGCUAUGGUACUGUGCAGUGCGCAGUGCUAUGGUAGAGUGCAUUGCGCUCGCAUAUCUCAAGAUUAUGGUUUUGUUACUUUGUAUACACAAUUUAAUCCUAACUAUAUAUUAUUGGUGCUAAAUAUCAAUGUGCUUUUUGCCUGGUGUAGAAUGCAUCUUAAACUUGUAAAUAUGAUUCUUAUUAUUUAUUAAAUAUACAUAAAAAUGUUCAUGAAA